AUGUACUCCGUCAAGACUCUCGUCACCGCUGCCGUGGCCACCAUGUUCGCAGGCCAGGCACUCGGGAUUGCGUCUGACCCUUACUACGCUUGCAACUGCCCCAACAACUGCAGUCAUGAGCUCGGCUCCUCAUGCAAGUACUUCGCUGGGCCUUCGGAUAACGCCCCUGUCGUGUCGGGCAAGUGCACCAACCAGCCCAACGACUACCUGAUGUGCGUGCCCACCUAG